AUGCAAUUCUCAACCAACCUCAUGGCUGCCAUCCUCUUCACUGUCACCAGUGUCGCAGGCUUUGCUCUCCCAGUCCCCGCCCCGAGUCCUCUUACCGUUGCAGAACCAUUCAAGGUCGUAGACGCUAUCGUUCCUCGCCAAACAUUGGGACUAUGCGACUUUGGGGAUUGGACUUGCAGUGGGGGAAAUAUUUACCAAUGCAAUGGUGGAUGGCAAUUGAUUGCCAGCUGUGGAAGAAAUUGCCAGAUUAUCAAUGGCUCUCCUUUCUGUGUUUAA